GAAAGCCAGAUAAGAAGCAACUGUCUCUUGCUUUCAACAUGUCCCCAGAAAGAUUGAGGGACGGAAAGAUCACCCGUUGACACUUUCCGCCGCAAUCCGGAAUGCUGUUCCUCCUGCUCUUCCUCUUUCUGGCUUCCUUCUCGCCGGUUAAAUGUCGGAAUCCCCUUCCCCAGAAAUUAAGCAUCUUCAUCUUGGCUGGACAGAGCAACAUGGCCGGCCGAGGAGGGGUUGUCAAUGACACCUGGGAUGGCGUCGUUCCUCCCCAGUGCCAGCCAAAUCCGUCGAUCUUCCGCUUGAGUCAGGACUUGGCAUGGGUCGUAGCCCGGGAGCCACUCCACUCUGACAUUGAUGUGACCAAGGUGAAUGGAAUUGGACCCGGAAUGGCAUUCGCUAAUGCAGUGUUAACCCGGGACCAGGGUAUCGGAACGGUGGGACUGGUCCCUUGUGCGAUCGGAGGAACCAAUAUAAGCGAGUGGGAGAAGGGGAGAUCUUUGUACGAGCAGCUUGUUAGGAGGGCGAAGAUGGCUCUGCAGAGUGGAGGUGCUUACGCCGCCAUGCUUUGGUAUCAAGGAGAGAGUGAUACGGUGAGUCGAGAGAAUGCUGAAUCGUAUAAGGGCAGAUUGGAGAGGUUCUUCACUGAUUUACGCUAUGAUCUGCAGGCACCUUCGCUGCCAAUUUUUCAGGUGGCUCUGGCGUCGGGGGAAGGACCACACAUAAACAUGGUAAGAGAAGCUCAGUUGAGAAUUGACCUUCCAAAUGUGCACCUCGUCGAUGCCAAGGGGCUGCCGCUUGGACCAGACGGCAUACACCUCAGCACUGCAGGGCAAGUGAGGCUGGGGGAGAAGUUAGCGGAUGCAUUCCUUCAGUCCAUUACUGUCUCCACUCCAUUGAGCAGCAAUGCCAAAGAUUCUUACACAAAAAUUUCUAGUUUUGUAGUUCAGUGGUUUUUUAUUGGUCUGUGCACGAACCUUGAUUUUAGAUAGGUUGAUUCAUUCAUCAGCAACAAAUUUGAUAAGGUGAGCCAACAUUUUAUUUUUUAUUUUUUAUUUUUGUCAUGAUUAACAUGAAGAGCAUGACUAUAUUUUAAGGAUUUAGGGUCCACCCCCUGCUUAUGGUUUAUGCUUGAUAGAUGAUAAAACUGCAUUAUUGAUUCCCUUAUAUAAAAGAUUCGGAAUCAAAAAAUAAAUGUUGAGAAGAAGCCAAGAUUACAUUUAAUAUAGUUACAAUGUCACA